AGAGCAAGUUGAGGGAGGCGUAAAAAGAAUUUCCCCAUGGGGAUUAAUAAAGUGUAAAUUAUUAUUAUUAUUAUGUCCUGUUUUCCUUGUAUUUCCUGCUGUUUGAAUCCCUGGCAAUUUGUCGAUUGUUAAUGUCCCACACUUGUUCCCUGUUUAGCCCUCGUUACCAGUGUAUAUAUGUGCCUGUUCAUGCCAUGCUCCUCUGUCGGUUAUUGUAGGUGUUAGAGCAUGUUUGCCCGUGGUCCUUGUUGAUGCCCCUCGCUGUAAACUCCUUCCCUGUUUGUUAGAUAGCUCUGAGUUCCCUUGUUGUCCAGUUUCAGUCCUAGUUACUUCCAGUAUUUUCUACCCGCCGUUGUUUCGAUCCCUCGUGGUCUCUUUAGUUUUGUUGGUUUGUUUUCGCCAAAAAAGUUCCCCUUUGUCUGGAAAGCUGCAUUGUGGACCAUUACUCAUGCCCUGAUAUUAUAAUAAGGAAAAAUAUGAUGUACUGCACCUUGCACAUUCAAUCUGUGACAGAACCCUGCUGUGUGCUUUGCCAUUUGUUUGCAUCGUGCAGUGAGAGGGAUGGAUUGUGCUACCUUUUAGCGCGUUCGUGCUAUAUUUUAAUCAUACCAUAUUUGGUUUAUUUGUCUUUUAUCUUUAGCAUUAUGAUGUUGAUUUUUUACUAAAACUAAAAGCAGUGUAUUUAAGGGGGAAAUAUAUAUGCAACACUCAGGCCUGUAAGAAAGAUUAAUUAAUCAUUCAAAUUGGAAUCGUUUCUCGCUGUCUUGUAUAAGUGUACAGCCUAUAACUUUGAUAUUUACUCAUUUAGUUAGCUGAAGCAGCUGCUGAAUAGAUUACUAGACCUAACCACCACCAGGUAGAACCUACUUCUGCUUCCGGAAUCAAUUAAAGGGUAGAAGAACUGUUUUGAGAAGCUUUUCUGCACGCCGCUGUCAAACUGAGGGGUGCCCUAUUGCUCUUGCGGCCUUCCUGUUAACUUUUAAAACUCUGGCUGUUCUCCUCAGACCUCCCUUUUUAGAAGUGUGUCUUUGGCCACGGAUGCCUCAGACUGGAUGUGUUUUGUUCGUCACACCAUUCUCUAAACUCUAGUCCAGAGGUCACCAACCUUUUUGAAACUGAGAGCUACUUCACGGGUACUGAGCCAUACGAAGGGCUACCAGUUUGAAACGCCCUCCUAAACUUAUCUAAACUUCAUGUAUAAUAAACAUGUUUUAAAUGCUUUUUUAGAUAUUGUCAUUUUCAAAUCUGUAUAAAUGCAAAUGUGAUUAAAGAAGAAUAGCAACACUCGUUUGCGACUCGUGGACCUUGGGGCGUCCCUUGCUCUAGACACUGUAGUGCAUGAAAAUCCCUGUAGAGUGGCUGUUUUUCAGAUUCUGGAACCGCCAUGUCUCGCACCAAUAAUCACACCACAUUGACAAAUAGAUCAUUCUGAUACUUAGCCAAAAAAAUAACUGAUCCUCUAGGCUUUGUUUGUGUGCUGUAUGUACUCAGCCACAGGAUUGGCUGUUUGUAAGGGCAGGCUGUUUGCAUUAGAAAGCAGGUGUACCUAAUAAACAGGCCAGCCACUGAGUUUAUGCUCAAAACAGGUGAUAUUGAUGAUUUAUAUGUAUGAUUUCUGUCAGAUACCUUAAGCUUUAAUGUAGCUGUAGAUGAUUCAUAUCAGAUUAUUGGUGAGCCGAAGGAACUUCUGUACGAAUAUCAUUUGCUUUAUAUGCUAGGUGAAGGAAAAAUCUUCAGGUUAUUUUGAGGGUGAUGUUAAAUCUUUUUAUGCACAUAACCUAGUUUUAGUUAGACGACCGUAUGUUUGUUAUGUGCUAUUUAAGAAUUUUGGUGCAAGUUAUUUUAAGUUAUUUUACUUUUCAACUCAGAUUUCUCAACCCUUUAUGUCUGGAUGAAUAAACCUGAGAUUUUUCGUCUGUCCUUUAUCUCUCCAAGAGGUUUGUGUCCCAUCAGCGCUAAGUGGAUGAACGACCCUCUCAUACCACCUGGAGACUGGUAUAAUAAUCUAUCGCAAUGCAGAUGUUGAAAGUCCCCGUGCCGUAAUGGCAGUUUCGCACGUUCGGUUUCCCAGAAAAGCGCACAUUGCACAUCUUGCUUAACCCACUUAUGGCCAUCCAGCUGAAAGCCGAUCUGACGUCAGUAAAGCUACAAAAGGGGGGGGGUCAGGCCUGGGGCUCCCGUGCUCCCAUUGGGCUUGGCUGAUGGCCCUCUGGGGAGCAGGAAGAGGCAGAGAGACACAGGCAACAGGAAGAGAGAAAGGCCCAAGGCUUUUCCCAGUAGUAAUUCUCCUUAAGUACUCUUCCAUUGUUCCCACGUGUUUUUAUCACCCAAGCACGAUCAUUUUCCAAUUUUACAAUGAUCGUGCUUUUGCUACGUCAUAAUUUAGCCCAACCCGUGGCUCUGUCAGUGUGUUUCUAUAACAGCAAUGGGGUCAAUGAUGCAUUUCAGAUACGCAGUCUUAAAACACGUGUAUGAUUGCGUAUGGUGAUGUAACGUGCAGCUGUACCCAAUGAGCUGGCCAAUGAAUUUAUGCUCAAAACAGGUAAUGUUGAUGUUUUAUAUGUAUGAUUUCUGUGAAUUACCUUAAGCUGUAGUUUAGCUGUAGAUGAUUCAUAUCAGAUUUAAAAUAUAAAACAAGAUGAUUACAUCAACAGCAGGCUGGUGUAAUCUCUUACACUUUAGCUAAUUCAAAAUGGCUGCAAUGCCAAUGCUUACCACAGAACUGCAUGGCAAUAUUUUUACAGUUACCCUUAAAAACAAACGAAACUAUUGUUAUCCAGUGGAUUAUUUUGUUCUUAGUUUAAAUAUAUUUCUGAGAAAUUUCAGCAACGUAAGCUUUAAGGCGGCAGUGUAUUUAAAUAGCAAAUUUUGUUGUUUGGUGAAGUGCACACGCUCUAAACAUGUGCUUCGUUUCCUUCCAUCUUGUCAGUCGUAGUGUCGUUUCAUCUAUGGAACUUAUUUCCCACCCAUAUCGAAUUUUGUCUUUUACUGCACUGAACCUGGUCACACGGUCGCAUGUCCUGACAUUAUGCACACCGCGCUGCAUGUGAUAGACACCCAAAGUGGAUAGAAUGUUUUAGCGUUUCUCUUUAAAUCGGCACUUAACGCCUUUCAUGUGUGUCCCGCAUGACAUCAUGGGCCAAUUGAUUAUGGGCUGUAUGCAAAUCAGGUUUAGAGAGCAGAACAUUUAUUUCAAAGACCAAACACCCACACGGAGGCUUCGAAAAUGUCGUGCUGUAAAAUGUUUCCUGUUGUUCUUUCUGAUAAUAUAAAAAAUAUAAUUUCAGUUCACGGCUGAGGCUCGCCGGGUCUGCCCCCGGGCCUGGAGCAAACGCGUAGUGUUGACAUGUUGCAGUAACUUCCACCACUUCUGUAAAGGUUUCUCUGCUCAUUCUGGAAUCCAGGUGGGCCCAGGCUGCACUCUCUCCCUCAGCAGCCCAAGCAGAUGCCUCCUUCUCCCGCAGGCAGCGUUCAAACCAAGGCCGUCACGUCGUCUGAAAGCAUCGCGUUAGGCCAUGGCAGUUGAAACUGAUGGCUGUCGUGCAGAUCGAUUUCGGCACGUUUUCCAAUAAUCGUGCUUUUGCUUCGCUGCAAUUCCGCCCAGUCGCCAGCCUGUACCUCUCUUAGUGUGUUAUGUGCCAAAACAAAAACAUCAUUAGUAGUCACAUGGGGUCGAUGAUGCUUUUCAGAUACGCAGUCUCAAGUCAUAGAACACAUAUGUAUCACUGAGUAUGGUGAUGUACACACAUGACUAAACGCUGGACGGUUGAUGGUUUUUAAAGGGCAGGCCCAUCGCAUCCUGUGUGUUAGUAAGCCGCUGUAAUUAGACACGGUUUAUUUCCUGCCCGGGCUCCUGUUUGUGCGUCUGCCGCGUGCCGGAGGGGCGGAGUCAGCAGAUGUGCGUUAGCUAAUGCAGCGCGAGAGCAGCAGAGCAGGGCAGGGCUAAUAGACUACCAAUAACAAGAUGACAUCAUCGAGAGCAGGUCGGGGGGAGGGAUCCAGCCAACCGGCGAGCCAAGCUCAGAAGAAAGGAAGGCUUGGAGGCACAAAGUGGAGAGGAGGCGAGAGGGAGAGACUGGGAGCCCGCUCCUUCAAGACUGACAAGGGAGACCUCACUCUCCGGAAGAUUUUGCGAAUUAAAAAGAUAAUUUUUCCUUCCGAAACGCCUCUCCCCCUCCCCCUCCCCUUUCCCCUCAUCCUCCAAGUGCAUCCCCCUACCAGUCCUUACGCUGAGCUGCUCCCCCGGGCAUGCUACUUAAGCCAAAGUAUGGCCGCUUUCGCAACGACUCUGUGACCUCCUCCGACGACCUGAUGCAGAGCUUAGCCAUGAGCAGCAAAGUGGUGGCAACUCCGGUCGUCCCCUCGGGCUCCCCGUCCCUGCCGCUGCCCCCCCUGGGCCGCAAUCCCGGCCCCCCCGCCGCUCCGGCCCUGGCCGACUCCCCCGGCGUGGACGGGGACCAGGAUGGGACCACCACCUUCUGCAUGCUCAUCCCCAAGAUGCCACAGUGGAAGUUCUCCAACUCUCUGCUCAGCAGGAGUCCUUCCGGCUCCAGCUCCAGCAAGGACUCCAGCAAGGGGCCCCCCCAGGGCUCGGCGGGGGCCAGCGGGGCGCCACUCAGUGGCCCCGUGGCCAGCCUGGCUGCCGUCCUCAACUCCUGUGACCCAGUAUGUGUCGCCCCGUGUUCCCUUCAGGCCGUUGCCCGGCAGCGAGCCGCCGCGGGCUCCAGCAGCCCACCAGCCCCCAGAGUGUCCGGCGCCGAGGCACUUGAGAGCAGCACGGGGACAGGGAUGAACCGCAGGGGCAGGGUGGACGGCAUCCGUGUGGGUGGGGAGGACUUCACUCAGAAGGGGAGCUUCAUCCACAAGCCCUCCCAGGGAUGGCUGCAUCCAGACAAGAAGAUCACAGGACCUGGCGCUUCCUACAUCGUCCGGUACAUGGGCUGCAUUGAGGUUCUGAAGUCUAUGCGAUCUCUGGACUUCAACACUAGAACACAGGUGACAAGGGAGGCCAUCAACAAACUCUACGAGGCCGUUCCUGGAGUGAAAGGGGCCUGGAAGAAGAAGGCCAACGGCAAAGCGCUGCAGUGCAUCAUGGGGAAGUGCAACCUGCGCUUUGCAGGCAUGAGUGUCGCUGUGAAUAUCUGCGUCGAGGGCCUGAGCCUGCUGGUCCCCACAACGCACCAGGUGAUCGCUCACCACCCCAUGCAGUCCAUCUCGUUCGCCUCUGGGGGAGACACGGACACACCGGAUUAUGUGGCCUAUGUGGCUAAAGAUCCUGUCAAUCAGAGAGCCUGCCACAUCCUGGAGUGCUGCGAUGGCCUGGCACAGAGUGUCAUCAGCACCAUCGGCCAGGCCUUCGAGCUGCAAUUCAAGCAGUAUUUGCACAGCCCUCCGAAGGCCAUUUCCGCCUUGGACAGGAAUAUUAGGACUGGUGAAUCGGCGUGGGGCGACGAUGAGGAGGCCUCGGAGCACGACUACUACAACAGCAUCCCGGGGAAAGAGCCCCCGGUCGGGGGCCUGGUGGACUCCAGGCUGAGACCCGCUGGGGCCUUUCUGGGCCACAUUCACUCCCAGCCCCCCAGCAAGGCAGCGCAGUCAGGGUCUUCCUCAAGAAGAGAUACUGCCCACCCCCCUGGCCAGUUGUGCUAUGAGGUCCACUGGGACACGGAGAUUAAUAGUGGCUCAGGCCUGACCUCGGACGGGUACCUGCGUGCGGACGGCCACGGUCCCGGUAGCCGUGACUACGAGGAACACCUGUAUGUAAACACUCAGAGCUUGGAAGCCUUGGAAGCGAUGGCCGAGAGAGGCAGGAGCGCGUGCUGCCCCGAGAGCCCCAAGAAGGACAUCUUCGACAUGAGACCCUUCGAGGACGCCCUGAAGUUACACGAGGCCAGCGGCGCCCCCGUGCUGGAGGAGCAGUGGCCCAGCCCACCCAGGCGGCGCGCCCCCAUCGCCCCCACCGAGGAGCAGCUGUGCCGCGAGCCCUGGUACCACGGCCGCAUGAGCCGGCGCGACGCCGAGAAGCUGCUGGCGCGCGACGGCGACUUCCUGGUGCGCGACAGCGCCACCAACCCGGGCCAGUACGUCCUGACAGGCAUGCACUGCGGGUUGCCCAAACACCUGCUGCUCGUGGACCCCGAGGGCGUGGUCCGGACAAAGGACAUGCUGUUCGAAAGCAUCAACCAUCUCAUAAACUACCACCUGAAAAACAAGCUGCCCAUCGUGGCUGCAGAGAGUGAGCUGCACCUCCAGCAGGUGGUCUGUAGGAAACAGUGACACUCGCCCCCGCCCCCCCCCCCAUAACAUUCGUGGUGGUAAGUGCACAGGCCAAAGGGGCGGCGCUCUCGGGGCGGACAGAUCGCUCUGAUUUACGCCCUGUACCCCUCGUUCAAUGUCUCCCAGCUCUGCUUCGAGCCUCUCAUCUGUUUCGCUUCUGCACUUUUCCUCGUUUCGCUGGCGGCUCUAUGAAACUGACAUCGAUUUAAAAAUAAACGGAAAGCAGUGGCCUUGAGAGAGCAUUUCUCGCCGUGUUGCAGGAUGUGAACGGAGCUCUGCAGCUCCCCCCUUUUGCAGGAAUGCGCCAUGGACCCUGAGAAGCAGACCGAUGCUGCCCUUGGCCAGUCCCAAGCACUAACAUGGAGCUUCAUCUACGAGAACGUGCCCCAUGGUGCGAGUUCCCCCAGGGGGCGCCAUUGGCACCCUUGAGAAUGUACGUUUGGGGCCUGAUCUGAUCUGAUUGAUCUGGAGUGAUGCGAGCGGAUCUCAACGGUAUCUCAGAAGUCUUAAACUGCUUCUGGAGAACCGCUCGAAAAGGAGCUACGGCAGCUUGGUAUUGCUUUUCUUCGUCCGAAGGGAUUCGUUUUUUAAGCCCAGAGCCUGAGUGAAGCUAUAUUUUACCCAGGAAUCCAUGACGCGGGAAGCCGGACGUGGUGGAUGACUCUGAGCGAGAAAAUCCCUCCGUGUCCCUGCACUGCGACAACGUCAGCUUGCCUGUAAGGCUCCUCUGAGUCAGGAUGACCUGCUUCUUCUCACAGGUCUUAUAGCUCGCUUGGAGGUUCACUUUACUCACUGUUUACUCACUGCUUAUGCUGUUAGAAGAACCUUCCUCUGGCGAGAAACACAAGCCCUGUUUUACGGUCAGCCUUAUACAACCAGUUAGGAAGUUUACUGUUGGUGGCGUAAAACUUCCCAACCUGUUGAAUUUCACCUGAGAGUUUGAUGUUGAAAGCGAUGCUUUGGUUAGUCACUUUUGACUCCAGAUAUUGUUUAUUUUAUGGCAGCAUUAUGUUAAGCUUUACCUCAGGACCACAUAUUGAGUUCCGUACGAUCUUCCUAAUUUACUGACUCUCUUCCCAAUAAAAAAGAAAAAUGACCAUUAAUUCUGACCAGUAUUGCACAACGACUUUGCCAAUAUCCAGAUUCUGUGAAGCUGGACUUCUCAUUCUCCUGCUAGCCCCCGUGACCCCUCUGCUCGCAUGGAGGAGAGCCAGGCCCUGCGCUCGCAAUCCUCUUAGCAUGUCGGUGACACACAGCGAAGGUGAAGCUGAACACUGGUGCUACGGAUGCUGGUCCUGCGGAGCCUGGUGUUGUGUAUGGUCACAUUCCACUCGUUCUUAGUUUUCCAGAAAGGAUAGAUCCGGGGUGCAGACAGGAAGCGGCUUCCACUCUCUGUCCUUUAAGUGUCAUUGUUUCAUCUUGCUUGUCCUACGACCAGGUCUCUCCCAGACCCUCUCAGACCGUGAGCUUCGAGACCUUGUGUCUAAGCUUGUCUCUGUGUGCCGUCAAGGAAUCAGCAAACAGAUCAAGUCAGCGUAUAUAUUAAUGCAGAAUAUCAGUCCUGGUAUCCAGUACCCCUGAGAAACACAGAACAGUGCCUUAAUGGUCUCCGUGCCCAUCUGAAAUGAUUUAUGUUGAACAGAAAGUAAAAUUCCUCAUGUUUUUGGAUAUAUGUGUAUGCAUCUUGUGUUUGGAGUAGUCAGUGGUGAUGGCAGAGUUAAAGCUCGGUCUGCCCCAAAAUUCCUAACGAUUAGAUUUAUAUUGAUUAAAGGUAAACGUGUUUCAUUUCAUUUCAAGUCCUGUAUAAUUUAUUCAUCUGCACCUAUUCGGAAAAAUGGUGACAAGAUGCUGGCUUUGCCUUCCUUUGCAGUGCACAUUCGGGCUGCUGGUCAUCCAGCAAGUACGUGCUAGUGAUGGACAAAAUGGUACUUCAUGAACCAUUUGCUAUAUUUCUUUGACCCCACUAGAUGGUGCUCUCUGUUCAAAAAAGGGCACAAAGUGUGUCCCAAAGCAUCCCAAGAGCACCAUCUAGUGGGGUCAAAAAAUACAGCAAAUGGUUCAUGAAGCGCCAUUUUGUCCAUCACUAGCAUUUGAUACUAGCAAAUGAGCUAUUGAGUUGCUGUUUGAUGGGUCCUGCUGACCCAGAGGUCACUCGGCACUUGGCCAGGGAAGGAGGAAUGCCAGUCAUUUCCAUGUUGCGCUGAACGCAGAUCCCCAAAAAAAAUUCCUCUGUGCACCUGCCUGCCAUCUCAGGAGGUUCUUGCGUUGGCUCCUCUUUGAAAGAAAUGCAAUUUUCAAUAAAACUCUUCCAAAGAAGG